UUUACUACAGUGCUGUAAUACACAUUUUCAUACGCGUCUGUAUCUCAGCACAGCAGCGCAGAUUUCUGUCACGUGGUCUGUCGCCUUCAUUUAGUGAUUUUAAUGGUUAUUCCAGUGCAUAAAAUCUCAGUGUCUGAAAAAAACAUGCAGUCCUGUGUGUGUGUGUGUGUUAUAGAUAGGAGCCAAUAAAUACAAAGUAUAGCGAGAUGUUAGAUUAAUGAUUUAGUGUUUGUAAUUAGUCCCAGAAUUAAAUUUUUAUAUAAAGACAUAGAUACGCCCUAUUGGACCCAGUGCAGGUUCACUUCUGAUACGUGCAAUAACAUCUCAAGAUACCAAAGGGUCAAAUUAAAAGAUUUUAAAGUCUAUAUAUAUAAGAUCAAGUGGGGUUUUGCGGCUUUCAUCUCACCCACUCUCAGCUGCAGGAGUGGAGUGUGUGAGAGGGAGGGAGGGGGUGUUGUCGGCGUCUCCCUCCAGACAUACAUCAUUUCAGCGCAUCCUACAGCUGCUGCCACAGAGAUGGAGACUACAGCAUUGCGGGAAUAAGCGAGGCUGCAUGCCGAGUUCUUCCUUACAGGAGACACGUUCAGCUGACGGACCUUUUCUUUCAAACGGACCCUUUUCUCCCCUGACGUCAAUGAUGUGUAGAAGGAGCUCGGUCCUGCGGCUGUCACUGGGUUAAACCGGUCAACCUUGGAGAGGGAGGUCGCCUUGGACAGCCAGAACUUCCCGGUGCCGGCCGCUUCUGCAGCGCAAACCGGACCUCACGUCCAACCUGGAGACAUUUUUGCUGCAUUCACGAUGCUUUGAGCGUGACUUGUGGACGCUGUAGAGGCAUCCCUCCUCUCUCUCCCCCCUCUCGCUCGCUCUCCUUUCAAUUUGUCUCCCUCCCGCCCCCCGUCCGUCUCUUUCUUUUCGCGGGCUCAGCACAGGCUGCCCAGUCACUUAGAUCCGUUGUUCAGCGCUGGGGAACCCGACAGAGAUGGGACGACUCGGUUUCAGCACCACGGAGAGCACCCGACUUCUGCUGCUCAGUGUGUUCGGUGUGCUGGUGCUGUCCGUGGUGCUGGCGGAGCAGGAAGGGGAGAACCUGUCUGGUCUCUCCACCAACCCGGACAAAGCCAUCUUCGCGGUCCGGGAGAACGGCACAACAUGCCUGAUGGUGGAGUUCGCCGUGAGAUUCCUCGUGCCAUAUGACGUGCUCGCGCUCAACGGGAUAGACCUGAUCACCGAGCAGGCGCCGUUCACUCUGCCCCGUGGUGCAGAAAUCGAGGGGAAAUGCGGGAGCACGGAGUCAGAGAUCCACAUCACCUGGAAGAACAACGCCUACACGCUCCGCAUCUACUUCUCUACGGAGUUCCGUGACAAGGGCACUGAGGUGUGGAAGAUUAGCAAGGUCCAGUUCGUCUACGACACCUCGGAGACAUCGCAUUUCAUCAACGCAUACAACCCGGGGAAGCACACAGCCAGCACCCACCGCCUCUCGGCCCUGGUGACCCCCGCUGGACACUCCUAUGUGUGCGCGGCACAGCAGACCCUCACCCUCAUCUCCAGUGACCACCAGAAGGGCGUCACCAUCUCCAUGUACGACAUCCAGAUCCAGCCCUUUGACAUCGCCUCUGACUUCAUCUUCAGUGAACCCUACAAGUGUAUCACCGACCAGCGGGAGCGCCUGGAGGAGACCCUCCCCCUCAUCCUGGGCUUCAUUUUGGGCCUCAUAAUUGUCAUCACGCUCACCAUCUACCACUUCCACCUCAAGCUGACAGCAGUCCAGCCUCAGCUCCCCAGAGAUCGCUCCAUGUACAAGAACAUGUAGUCGGCAGCACGUCGGCGGCUCCCUCUACUCUCUCCAAAGCUAACCUGAUGAAAGGACUCGUCUCCUCCACGUCCCAGGCCUAACACCAGAGGAGAGUGGCCUGCCACGGACUGAUCCCCUGACAGAGAUGUGUGGAGUCUGUUCUGUGGCCCACUGGAACUUUCCAACAGCUAAAACACUAGUGGGACGCCUUGGGGCCUAUAGCAUGGAUGUAGAUGGAGGGUCAACCCACCAAAAUCUAACAUGGCUGCUGAAUUGAUUCUUAAUGUCAUAAAUUCAUAGUCUGCAUUGCAGUGAUAACAAUUUUAGUGAAAAUAAAAAAUAUAAAUUGAUGCUUUUGUGAAACUAAAAUUGAUUUAUGUUCAGAUUGGUGGGAGACUGACAUCAUAAAAUCCCAAAUCUGAGAUUACAGUUGACCUGUUGUUGUGGUUUUCCUGACAUCACUGCGGCCUACUUCAUCACUUCAGACAUUUUUAUCCAACUUGUCAUCAGAGGAAAUUUCAGAUAUUUGCCUGAGCUUCUGCUGUCAUGUGCCAACAGUUUGUUUCCCUCGCCUCGUCUCCUCUCUCUGAAACUGCUGCUACAUAAUUCGAGUCCUAUCGUUGGUUCUGUAUUUGCUAACCUUAAUAUAUUUUGGUUCAAGAAUCCCUUUGUUUCAGUUUUGAAUGCAGCCAUAGUGUUGACAGUGGACAAGUCUUGUAGUGUGUGCAGUGCUGUGGCAUUAAGAGUUGCAAAUGUUUCUGCUUUGAUUUAAAAAAAAAAUAUAUUUUCUCCAGACAGAUGUAUGGAACAUAUAAAAAAAGGAAAAGAAAAUACAUGAAAUUCUUUACUAAAUGGUGAAGAAUUUAUCAGAAUGCCAUAUGGGUGUAUAUGAAAUAAAGAGGUUAUGAAAAAAUAAAAAAGUAAUAAUGUUUAAAAUAUUUUCAGAAACAAAGUCUAUGCAUAAACCUCUGCUGAUGCAAUCUCGUGCAGUAUAAAUCUGUUCAUUGAAAUAAAUUACUGGAAUCAUCUCUA